AUGUCCCCAAGCAUAUCGGGAGCCUCCUCGCGCCAGCCGCAAACGGGACUCCAUUUGGCGUGUCGAGAGUGCCAAAGGAAGAAGAUUAAAUGCGACCGGACCUAUCCGUGCGGGCAAUGCAGUCGGUCAGGCUUGUCCUGCGUUUCCUCAACCCGUAAGCCUCGUGCCAAGGCUGGCACCAAAGGCGAUGCAGAACUGCGGCAGAGGAUAGCGAAGCUGGAGAAACUGGUCGAGAGCUUUCAAGGAGACGACGGCAAAGAUGAAGCGAGCAGUGCGUCGCCUAUGGCAAUGGCGCCGUCACCCGGUGCUAUCCCUGAUCCUAAUCUCAUAUCUUCAUCAAAUCUCGUCGCGGAGCCACGAGACUCACGAAGUCCCAGCAGUCAAAGCGAGACGUCGUCGCCGUAUACGAACAAAUACGUCGCCGGAACUUUCUGGUCCUCGCUGACUUCAGAAGUUAAAGCCCUGGCGGAUGCUUUUGAAGAGGAUAAUCUUCAGAGCGACGAUGAGAGCGGAAGUCCAGAUAACACCCCAAGCUCUGGAGCUCCAUACGCGCUUGAUGGGUCAACAAGCGUGACCAGCAGCUACGAGCUCAUUUUCUGUCCGCCUGGAGUUUUAUACGUAAUGCCUGGCGCAUUGAACGAACCAGACCCGAAGAUGGCAGCACAUCUCUUUGCAACCUACCUCGCCUACGUCGAGUCGGUUCAAAAACUCCUUCACAUACCAACCAUACGACCUUUCUUGGAGGAAGGCAAACCGUAUCUCAACAGACCCGCAGAUGCGCCUUGCAACAAAGCCCUCAGAGCUGCCAUUUACUUUUCUGGCGUCAAUGCAUGUACAAACGAGGAGUGCAUGGAGUUCGCCGGUAAAGGUCGUGACCAAUUGGCGCAAGAGUUCCGAAGAAUGGUAGAUGUGGCCUUGUAUCAGGCUGAUCCGCUGAACACCACAGAGAUCGCUACUCUACAAGCCCUUACACUCUAUGUCGCUUCUAUUCGCGUGCUAGACUCGAGCAGACGGGCAUGGUCUAUGGUGGGGCUGUUAGUCCGAAUCGCCCGUGCUAUGAGCAUACAUAGAGAACUGGCGGGAGAGACUGCUUUUAUCGCAGAACAAAGACGGCGUCUGUGGUACAACAUCGUAUUCCUGGACUGUUUCGCCUCCGUCGAUCGAGGCACAGAAGCGGCUAUCCACGCAGACACAUUCAACCGCCAACUACCUCACAACGUCAACGAUGCAGAUUUCAACGAAGAUACACCAGUGAUCACCAGCCGCGAGGGCGAAGUCACGGAGUGUACAAUGGCACUGGUCGCACAAGAAGGCUCUAUUACCGCGCUACACCUGGCAUUGGCUGAAGAAUCCCCUGGAGGUAUUACCUGGCAGAAACGACUUGAGAUGGCAUACGCAUACCAGCGCACGGUCAACGAAAAGUACUUGAAGUACUGCGACGCCACAAAUCCACUCCAUCAACCGAUCAUAGGGACCGGAGUCGCGGCAAUCAACUCGAUGCUACUGCGAGCUGUCCGCCCUGUGCAGCAUUCUCCUGCAAGUCCGCCCCCUCGAGUUGACAGCCCAUGGGUUAUGCAACUCGCUCUCAACAUCUUGCGACAUCAGCAGGAGCUCUGGGAAUACAUUAUACAAUCUCGAUGGAGGCGAAUGCCCUGGGUGCCGUGGCAUGCCAUGGCCGUAGCGUUGGCUGGAAUCUGCUCCAUGGAGAACAACAAAAUGGCCGAUGAAGCGUGGGACCUCUGCGAGAAGGCCAUGACGCAGUACGUGAAUGACGUGGCAGAUGCCUCGAACGGAGGCCUCUGGCGACCCAUUCAGAAGCUGUACAAGAAGGCGAAAGCCUCCAGGGAACGGCAGCAAAGAGCCGCGACGGCUGCUCAUCAACCUACAAUGAACGAGAUAUCCUGGGAUCCGGAUAUCCUGAACCAGCCCAUCACGUCGGAUCCUUCGAUUACUAUGGGCAUUACGACCGAACCGUUCUCUGUGCCUGCACCGAAUUCGACGUUUGACUUUCCGCCUGAGAUGCAGGCGGCGCUGCCGAAUGAUAAUAGUUGGCUUGAUUGGGAAGCGAUUUUGAAGGAUAUGGAUGAGAUCAAGGCGGAUGACAUGCAAUGGCUACAGCAUGGCCCGAUUCUCUGA